AUGACGACUAAUGAUAAGAGUCUUCCUGUAAUUCCACAAUUCGAUGGCGUCCACUAUGACCAUUGGAGCGAGCUGAUGGGAAAUUUGCUUAGAGCUAAAGGGCUAUGGAGUCUGAUAGAGAAUGGUUUCACGGAACCAAGAACCGGGGUCGUGUUAAAUGCUGAUCAACAGAGGUCACUGCAGGAGACAAAGACCAACGAUUAUAAGGUAAAACACUUCUUGUAUCAAGCUAUUGAUCGAGUAGUGUUUGAACAGAUUCUUGAUAGAAGAACAUCGAAGAUAAUUUGGGACUCCAUGAAGAGUAAAUAUGAAGGGAAUGCUCGAGUUAAGAGGUCUCUUCUUAAUACAUUAAGGAGAGAGUUCGAGGUUCUGGAAAUGAAGAAGGGAGACACAAUCUCGGAGUAUUUUGCAAAGGUAAUGGCAAUCACAAAUCAGAUGAGAAGCAAUGGGGAAACAAUGCCAKAUUCCAAGGUUGUGGAGAAGAUUCUGAGAACGUUAACCGACAGAUUCACAUAUGUGGUCAUCUCAAUUGAAGAAUCCAAAGACACGGAUUCAAUGACCAUCGAUGAACUACAGAGUUCUCUUAUGGUUCAUGAGCAGAAAUUCAAGAGGGCAUAA